AUGGCAACGAUCCUUCCCAUUCACAAUCCCUCUUGCGAGAACUCCGUAUGCGAGAAUUACCUGCACACGUCCACGACCGCAAUCGUGGUUAUCAACCUCGCAAGUCUGCAGUCUCCGUACGUGGAUCCACAAGGAGCCAUGAAGGCUUUCCACCACAUUUCUCAACGAGCCAUGUUCAGUCUUACGGCAGGAGCUGAACCGAUCGGACAAGCUAUAUUUCUGUUCCUCGAUCACAACAAGAGGAUGAAGAAGAACGUCAGGAAAGUUCUAGAUGACAUGCAUAAUGUUUGGGUGUCGCGUAAGGUCGUGGACACGUUGGCAUUUCUAAACGUCACGAUGAACUCCACGGUACCUAAGCAUACUGUAGCGGUCAUCGCCACCGAUCAGAUUGACCAUACAGACGGGAGCAUGAUCAAGGACCCUAUCUACGCCUGCAUACGAAUUACCGACACAAUUAAAGCCUUCCAUUCGCUACUGUACGACCCUAUCUGCGAACACCUCAGACCUGCCACUAUGGCGGAGAGGGAACGCGUCUUCACUUCGUGUCCCAGGGUCGGCAGUAUCGAGCAACACGACCACGGACCGAUCCCGGAGGACGACGAUUCUGCCAAGUCUGGAGUACAAGCCUAUACAUGGUUUUCGACGAAAUAUUAG